AUGGCAGCAGCCCCAGAAAGUAUCUCUCAUAGUUUGCAGUCUGAUAAAACAGGAAAACUGUUUAAGGAAGCAAAAGAAUUAGUUUUGAAUAAAAAAUUUGCAAAAGCUAUCAAGGUAUUAGAAGAUUUGAUAUAGCACGAUAAGAAAAAUGUUGAAGCUCUUAACUUAUUAGCAUACUCAAUAAAAUAGAUUUAUUUGUAGAGAUAAGAAGAAUAGGAUUUUAAUAGUAAUGAAGAUUAAAUUUAAGAAUGUAUAAGCCUGUUAUAGCGUGCUCUUAUUAUUGAUGACACAAACCACUUGACACUUUUUAAUUUAGCAACUUUUUACUUUGAAAUAGAACAAUAUGAUAAGGCAAUUUAGUAUUAUGAAAUGCUUGACUAACAAAGAUCAAAUGACUGUCGCAUAUAUUUUAACUUAGCGAUUUCUUAUGAAAGAACUCACCAAAAUGACAUGGCAAUGAAUUAUUAUGAAAAAGCUCUUAAAAUAAAUCCUUACUUUUCAGGCGCUAUCAUAAAUUAUUCUAAUUUAUUGACAAGGAGUUAAAGGAGUGUGUAGGCAAAGACUUUGCUAGAGUAGUAUCUUAAAAAUGCUCCUUUUGAUGAAAAAGCAACUAAUAAUCUAAAUAUCAUUUUAGCUGAAAAAAAGUAGGAGAAAAAGGCAUAGGAGAAUUUCUCAAAAAUGUUGAGGUAACCUAAUCCUAACCCUGCAACAAUUUAUAAUCAUGGAAUUUUCUUAUACAAAUAAAAUAAGUUAUAUUAAGCUUUAGAAGUAUUUAAGCAUUUCACAGAAAUGAAACUAAGCCCAUCGGAACCUCUCCUUUUGUUGGCUUACAUCGAUAUUGCUCUGAUAUAUGAAAGACUAAAGAAAUUUGAAAAAGCUAUUGUUAUUUACAAUUAAAUAUUGGAAAAAUUUGAAUCAGUACUUACAAAUAAGAAAGAGUUUUAAGAUAAAAUUGUCGAACUAAAAGAUAAACUUUAGAAUUCAAAUUAAUUUGCUGUAAAUUUAGAUGGAGAAAGAUCUGCUGAUGAAGAAACUUAUAAUAUAAGAACUUACAAAACUAAUUAAUAAGCUGUUGGUUUAAAUGGAGACGGUAAAAUGCAAACCAUGCCAAAUGUUAGUGAUGUGAAGAGUUAUUAAUACAAAAAUAAUAAAAACACUUAAGAUGUUAAAGGCACAAAUAAAAAAUAGGCUGGAAUAAGUUUAGAUAGAAAUUAAUAAGCUUAACCAAAAAGUGGAACUAGGGAAAAUAACGAUGGAUUUGCAUCUCCUAAAACGGUAGGAUAAAAAGAAGGAGAAAAAUCACAAAAAAUCUUUAAAGUUCCUGUAGUUAUUAAAAAUAGUAAUAAUUCAAGGAAAAACAGUGGAAACUAUUAAGAUUCAAAUAAUCAGCAAGAAGGAUCAGGGAGAUCUUCUAGGUCAAAAACAAGAGAAGAUUAAAGUGGUAUGACCAACUCAAAAAUAAUAAGAGAUGAGAAUGGAUAAAAAAUUGUUUAAAUAUCACGCUAGGGUAGCAAUAGCGAUUUAAAAAAUAGCAGGUUAAGAGCUAACUCACUUAAUAAUAGUAAAGAAUUAGGAGGAUAAAACUAAAACGAUUAAAAUUCGCUACUAAAGCAAUAACAAUAAUAAGACAUUAUGAAUAAAUAGAUUUUAGAAAGAUAAAAUUCCUCUAAAUUAAAAAAAUAAGGAUCUGGUAUAUAAAUUGGGAAUUCUGAUAUUGAAAAAUCGAAAGGAGCUUUUCUCUUAGGAAAUAAAGAUAGUAGUAAUAAUGCUAAAGUAGUAUAAGAUGAGAGUAGAAUUUAAGCUAUAGAGUAGCUGUUGAAAAUGCAAGCAUAAGAAUUGAACGAGCUAAAAAAUAGGGUAAAAAUGGAAGAAGAAAAAAAAAAAUAAGAUGAAGAGUAAAAAAAAAAAGAGUAAGAAGCACUAAAAUAGAAAUUAUUGUUAGAAGAGUAAGAAAGAAAACUGAAACUAGAAAAGGAAAUCAGAGAAAAAAUUGAGUAGGAAUAGUAACAAAAGCUAGAAAUUGAAAAACAAAAAUUGGCUCUCUAGUUAGAAUAAUAAAAGGCUUAGUUAGAACAAGAUAAACUUAGAUAACUUUAGUAAAUAUAGGAAGAAGAGGAGAAAAAGAGAAAACUUGAAGAAUCUGAUAAAAAAAUUAAAAAGUAAGAGAAAGAGUAAUAAAAAAGUAAAGAAGAAUAGUUAAAAAAAUAAGCUGAAGAUCUAAAAAGCUAAAAAGAAAUUGAAGAUUAAAAGAAAAAAUUAGAUGAAGAGCUUCUAAGAAAAAAAAUUGAAACUGAAGAGCUGAGAAAAAAAUAAGAUGAACUCCAGAAGUACAGAUAAGAAUUAGAUGAUUUAAAAAAGAAAUAAGAAAUCCAAGAUCAAAAAAAUAAAGAACUUGAGGAGCUUAAAAUAAAAUAUUAAGAAGCAGAAGAAAAGAGAAAGUAAUUAGAAGAGCAACAACUCAAAAAGCAACAGGAGUUAGAUGAAAAGAAAAAACUGCAAGAGUCUGAAGAUAAAAAACGAUAAUAAGAAAUAGAAGAGAAAAGAAAAUAACAAGAAGCCGAAGAUAAAAAAAAGUUAUAAGAAGCAGAAGAGAGAAAAAAAUAAUAAGAGGCUGAGGAGAAAAGAAAACAAUAAGAAGCAGAAGAGAAAAGAAAAUAAUAAGAAGCUGAAGAUAAAAAAAGAUAAUAAGAGGCUGAGGAGAAGAAAAAAUAAUAAGAGGCAGAAGAAAAGAAAAAAAUAUAAGAAGCUGAAGAAUUGAAAUUGAAACAACAGGCUGAAGAAAAUAAGAAGUUAUAAGAGGCAUAGGAAAAGCAAAAAUAACAUGAAGCUGAAGAGAGAAAAAAAUAAUUAGAGGCUGAGGAAAAAAAGAAGUAAUAAGAAAUGGAUGACAAAAAAAAGAAGCAAGAAGAAGAGGAAUUAAAAAAGAAGUAACAAUAGGAUGAACAAUAAAAACUCUUAGAAGUUUAAAAUAAAAAAAUUUAGGAUGAAGAAAUGAAAAAAAAUUAAGAAACUUAAAAUGAUAAAAAUAAAUAGCUUAAAAAUGAGUAAUCUUCUGAUAAAAAUAAUUAAAUUGUUGGUAUCGAGUUAGAUUAAAAUGAGAAAAAUAAAGGAGAACAUAGCUUAAAUAAAUAAAAUAUAAAAAAUUCAGAAAAUGACAAUAAAAAGUAGAUUGAAUCAAAUAAUUAAAAUACUCAAAAUAAAUCAAUUUCUGCUCAAAAUGUUUAAUAAAAAGAAAGUUAAAGUAGUGCUGAAGUAAAUCAAACUGCUAAAGUUUAAGAAGCUAGUGUAAAAUCAGAAUCUUAAGAAAAUCAAAAAAAUAAGAACUAGUUAACCUUAUUAAAUAAAAAUUAAAUAAACGAAGUAAACAGUGAAGAGGAAAAAUCUCCCUCUAAAUAAAUUGUGGCUAAUCAAAAGGAUUCUAACAAAAAUUAAUAAAACCUUGAAAAUAAUAAAUAAUAAAAGGUUAUCAGUAAUAGUUAAUAAGGUGCUCAUGCAGAAGCUUCUUCAAAUAAAUCAAAUAAUACUGCUGCUAUAAUUGAAGUAAAUGAAAGUGGACAAAAUAUUGAUAAAAACCAUCAAAAAUCUUUAUCAUAAAAAAACAGUAAAGAAAACCAAUAGGAAUUAUAAAAUUAAUAAUCGUCAGAAAAGAGUAUCAAGUAAUAAUCGAGUGAUAAAAAUAUUUAAGAGAGAAGAUCUUCUAAAGCAGAUUCUAGCAACAAGCAAAUUGCUGCUGCUGCUGCAAAUGCCUAGCCUAUUCUCACAAAUGUAGAGUUAGAUAAUUAGUAAUCAUAAGAAAUUAAAAUUGAAUAAGUUGAGUAAAGCAAAACUUCACCACCCCCUCCACCUAUCGAAAAUGAAACAGAAAAUGAUGCAACUCUUGAGAAGAAUGAAAUCAAUAAAAAUAUAGAAAAAAAGAGGAAGUAAAUUCUUAGAAAUCACAUGAGUAUUGAUGCAAAUUAUAGCAAAUCCAUAAAUGAUAAAACUCCAAGAAGAAAUUCACACUCAGACUUAAAUCGCUCUAACUUUUCAGAAAAGUCUUAGAAAGAAAUUAUGAACAUAUAAAAGUUAAAAGAAUCAUUUAUUUCUAAAGAAGAAAAAUCUAAAGGAAAUAACAAAAUGACUCUUGAAGAAAUUGAAAAUAAUAAAGAAUAUGAUGAAAAAAACGAGGUUCAUGAAGUGAAAGAUGGAGACGAAACUAUAAAUCCUAAAGAUCAAUCUAAAAAUUAAGAAUUCUUUGUUGUAAAUGGUGAAAAGCAAGGAGAUCAGUUAGUUAAGAAGAAAUCAAUAAAUGAUAGCUUGACUCCUAAAAAGAAAAAGAAAGGAGCUAAAGAAAAUCUUUUGCCAUCAGAUUUUGAUCAGUGGACUGAAGAGAAAUGCCAUCAAAUGAUAUAAGAAAAUCCUAAAAGCUACUUAGCUUACUACAGACUAGCAUAUAUUUGCAUGCUAAAAGAACCUGAUGUCGAUAUUGAAGGAACAAAGUCAAAUCUUCUCAAAGUUUAAGAGCUCAAUCCAGAUUUUAAAAUAGAAAAGAUUAAUAUAACGCUAGGAGAAAUCUUCGAAAUGCAGAAAAACUAUGAGCAAGCUCUUGUUCAUUAUAAAAAUUUAUUAACUGUGACUUAAGACAAGCAAACUUGCUUGCUAAAGAUUGCACGUUGCCAUUAAAAAUUAAAAGUUUAUGAUUAAGCAUAAAAGAAGUAUUCUGAAGCAAUUAAAGUGAAUACAAAGAAUUAUCUCCCAUAUUUAAAGUUGGGAUGGAUGUAGGUUAAACUCUCUAAUAUUAAGCAUUAAGAAGCCCUUGAAAAAAAUAAAUAAAUUGAUAGUGCAACAAAGACUGAUAUACAAAAUACUCUCAAACAAGGAAUAGACAACCUAUAAAAAGCACAUUCAUUAGAGCCAAACAAUGUUGAAAUCAACAUUAAGUUAGGAGAAGCAUAUUUAAUGAAUGAAGAAGACAAUGAAGGAGCAGAUGAAGCUAUAAGCUAUCUUACUAAUGCUCUUAAUUUAGAUGAUAAAAAUUAUGACUGCCUAAUUGGAUUGGGAAAAGCUUAUGAAAGGAAAGGUGAUUUACAAAAAGCUAUUUAAUUUUCAUAGCUUGCAAUUGAUCUACCAAAUCCAAAUCCUAAUUUAAAUUCCAUUUUCUUCUUGGGAAUGCUCUAUUUGCAAAACAAAGAAAUUAAAAAUGCUGAGAAAUAAUUUAAGAGUGUUUUAUCUAAAAAUAGUGAGCAUGUUGGAGCCCUUAUUGAGUAUGCCACAACUUUGAGUUUAUAAAAUAAAUAUGAUAAAGCCAAAAAAUAUUUUAGACAUGCUUUGAAGCUAGACAAGAAUAACGUAAUUGCCAAUUUGAGGUUGGGUAAAAUAUAUCAGACAAAGCUUAAUGAUAUUGAUGGAGCUAUAUCAUGCUAUAAAAAGAUAAUAGAAGUGUAGCCUAAAUUUGCAAAAGCACAUUAUUAACUUGGUUUAGCUUUAUUAGAGAAAAAGGACUAUAAAGGAGCUACAGAAGAGUUUAAAGAAACAAUUAGAAUUAAUGAAAGAUUUACUGGAGCAUACAAGGCAAUAGGCUUAAUUUAUUAUGAAAAUAAUAAUCCUUCAAAUGCUUGCAAAUACUAUCUAAGAGCUUUAGAAUGUGAUCCAUUUGAUAUGGAAUCUAAGCUUGGAUUAGCUAAUUGUUAUUAUCUAAUGGAAAACUUUGAUGCUGCCAUACAAAAUUACGAAGAAAUUUCUGGAAUAGAUUAAAACGACGAAAUUGAAUAUAAUUUGGCUAACUGUUACUAUAUGAAAGGAGAAAUCAAUGAAGCAAUCAAUCAUUACAAAAAUGCUCUCAAUUUAAAACAAGAUAAACCUGAUUGCUUAUAUAAUUUAGGUAAUGCUUACUGCAUUUAAGAAAACUUUAAAGAGGCAUUAAUUUGCUUUGAAAAGGCGAUUCAAUAUGAUCCUUAAAAUUCAGCUGCUAUGUACAAUCUUGCUAACACAUACUAUGUCCUUGAGGAUCAUGAAAAGGCUUCUGACUAUUUCGAAAAAGCCAUACAAUUAGAGCCUAACAAUAUAGAGUGGCAUAAUUACAUAGGUGGAGUUUAUUUUGGAAGAAAUUAAUUCAAUGAAGCAAGGAGACAUUUUGAGUAAUCAUAUAAAUUAAGUUCUGAUAAUAUAGAUACAAACUACCGUCUUGCUUAACUUAACCACUCUGAAGGAAAUAACGAUGCUGCUUUACAUUAUGUUAAUUUUGUAAUCUCUAAGCAACCUGAAAAUGAAGAAGCAAACUAAUUAAAAAGAGAAAUAAAUGAGCUUUUGAAUGAAAGCUAAAGAGAAUAAGAGCUAUGA